AUGCUUGGCAGGGACCCUUGGCCCUGGCCCCGCCCCCUGCCGGCAACCAGGCCUGCUUGGCAGGACACUCUGGCCCUCCCGCCUGCCUGCAACCGAGGACCUGCUUGGCCUGACCCUUCUGGCCCGCCCACCAGCCUGCCUGCACCAGGCCUGCUUGGCAGAAAACCUUUUCUGGCCCUCGCCCGCCUGCCUGCCACUCAGGCCUGCGCUUGGCAGGACCUUCUGGCCCACGCCCGCCUGCCUGCACCAGGCCAAAACUACUUGGCAGACCUUCUUGGCCCUCCCGCCCCCUGCCUGCACCAGGUCCUGCUUGGCAUAACCUUCUGGUCCCGCCCUCCCGCCUGCCUGCACCAGGCCUGUUGGGUCAGACCUUUCCUGGCCCGCCGCCCGCCCCUGCUCUGCAAACCAGGCCCUGCUUGGCAGAACCUUUCUGGCCCGCCCGUGCCAUCCUGCAACCAAGGAGCCAUGCUUGGCAGACCUUCUGGCCCGCCCCCGCCGCUGCCUGCCCUCCAGGCCAUCUUGGCAGACCAUUCUGGCCCCGCCCGCCGCCUGCCUGCAACCAGGCCUGCUUGGGACCAUACCCUUCUUGGCCCGCCCCGCCUGCCUGCACCAGCCUGCUUGGCAAAGACCUUCUGGCCCGCCCGCCUGCCGGCUGCACCGGGCCUGCUUGGCCAUACCUUCUGGCCCGCCGUCCCCCUGCCUGCCCACCAGGGCCAGCUUGGCAGACCUUUCUGGCUGGCCUGCCCGCCGUGCCUGCACCAGGCCCUGCUUUGGCAGACCUUCUUGGCCUGCCCGCCUGCCUGCACCACGGCCUGCUUGGCAGACCUUGCUGGCCUGCCUGCUUGGCGACCUUCUGGCCCGCCCGCCUGCCGGCUGCACCGGGCCUGCUUGUCAGACCUUCGGCGCCGCCCCCUGCCUGCACCAGGCCAGCUUGGCAGACUUCUGGCCCCCCGCCUGCCUGCCAACCGGGCCUGCUUGGCAGACCUAUUGGCCCCGCCACGCCUGCUGCACCAGGCCAGCUUGGCAGUACAUUCUGGCCCGCCCGCCUGCCUUCACCAGGAGCGCCAGCUUGGCAGACUUCUUGGCCCGCCCGCACUGCCUGCCACCAGGCCAGCUUGGCAGUCCUUCUGGCGCCGGCCCCGCACUGCCUGCCAACCGGGCCUGCUUGGCAGGCCUUCCGGCCCGCCCGCCAACCAGCCUGCUGGGCAGAGCCUAUGGCCCGCCCGCCUGCCUGCACCAGGCCAGCCUUGGCAGGCUUCCGGCCCGCCCGCCUUGCCCGCACCAGGCCUGCUGGGCAGAGCCCUGGCCCGCCGCCUGCCUUCCACCGCCUGCUUGGCUGACCCUCUGGCCCGCCCGCCUGCCUGCCACCAUGCUGCUUGGCAGACCCUCUGGCCCCCCUGCCUGCCGGCACCGGGCCUGCUUGUGCAGACCUUCUGGCCUGCCCGCCUGCUGCAACCAGGCCUUCUUGGCAGACCUUUCUGGCCCGCCCGACUGCCUGCACCAGGCCUGCUUGGCAGAACUUCUGGCCUGCCCGCUGCCUGGCACCAGGCCUUACUUGGCCCAGACCUUCUGGCCCGCCCGCCUGCCUGCCCACCAGGCUGCCCUUGGCAGGACCUUUCUGGCCCGCGCCGCCGCUUGGCACCAGGGCCUACCCCUUGGCAGACCAUCUGGCCCUGCCCGCCUGCCUGCACCAGGCCUGCCUUGGCCAGACCUUCUGGCCGGCCCGCCUGGCUUGGGCACCAGCCUGCCUUGGCAGACCUGGCCUGCCCGCCCGCCUGCACCAGGCCUGCUUGGCAGACCUUCUGGGCCUGCCUGCUCUGCCUGCACCAGGGCCUGCUUGGUCAGACCUCUGCUGCAGCCUGCCUGCAAAACCAGGCCUGCUUGGCAGACCUUCUGCCUCCGCCUUGCCUGGCCCACCCCAGGCCUGCUUGGCAGAAGACCCUCUGUCCCGCCCGCCUGCCUGCACCGGGCCCUGCCUUGGCAGACGCUUCUGGCCUGCCCGCCUGCCUGCACCAGGCCUGCUUGGCAGAACCCUUCUGGCCCCCUGCCCACGCCUGGCCUGCACCAGGCUGCUUGGCUGACCUUCUGGGCCCGCCCGCCUGCCUGCACCAGGCCUUGCUUGGCAGACCUUCCUGGCCCGCCCGCCAGCCUUCACCAGGCCUGCCUUGGGAACCUUCUGCCCGACCGGUCCUGCUUGCACCAGGCCUUGUUGGCAGACCAUUCUGGCCCUGCCCGCCUGCCUGCCACCAGGCCUGCUUGGCAACCUUCAUGGCCUGCCCACCUCUGCCUUCACCAGGCCUGCUUUGGCAACCUGGCCCUGCCCGCCUGCCUGCACCAAACGGCCUGCUUGGCAGACCUUCUGGCUUGUCCCCUGCCUGCCACCAGGCCCUGCCCCUUAGCCAGACCUUUCUGGCCUGCCCGCCUGCCUGCACCAGGCCUGCUUGGCAGACCUUCUGGCCCGCCCGCCUGCCCCGCAACCAGGGCCUGCUUGCAGCAGAGCCUCUGGCCCGCUCGCCUCCUGCACCAGGCCUGCUUGGCAAGACCUUCUGGCCCGCCCGCCUGCCUGCACCAGGGCCUGCUUGGCAAGACCUUUCUUGGCCCCGGCCCGCCUGCUUGCACCAGGCCUGCUUGAGCAGACCUUCUGGCCUGCCCGCCUGCCGGCACCAGGCCUUGCUUGGCCAGACCUUCUGGCCCUGCCGCCUUUGGCCUGCACCAGGCAAGCUGGCAGACCUUCUGGACCGCCCGCCUGCCUGCACCAGCCCUGCUUGGCAGACCUUCCUUGGCCCGCCCCGGCUGCCUGCACCGGGCCUGCUUGGCAGACCUUCUGGCCCUGCCCACCGCCUGCCCUGCACCAGGGGCCUGCUUGGCAGACCUUCUGGCCCGCCCGCCUGCCUGCACCGGGGCCUGCUGCAGGACCUUCUUAUUGGCCCCGCCCGCCCGCCUGCCUGCACCAGGCCUAGCUUGGCAGACCUUUCUGGCCCUGCCCGCCUGCCUGCACCCCUGGGCCAGCUAGGCAGACCUUCUGGCCCGCCCGGCCUGCCUGCCCAUGCCAGCUUGGCUGUCCUUCUGGCCCUCCCGCCUGCCUGCACCAGGCCAGCUUGGCAGUCCUUCUGGCCGCCCGCCCUCCUGCCUGCCACCGGGCCUGCUUAG